UCGGCAGCCGCCAUUUCGAUGAACUCGACGGAGAUGUCAGAAAUGUUGCCGCAAAUAUGGCUAAAAUCAGUGUCUGUCGUUGUAUUUAAUUACUUUGUUGGGAUUUUCUAGAGAUUUUUUUAAAUUGUACCUAUCUGGUCGCACUAACGCUGACUAGGAGCAGACAAGAAAACUGAUGAGUUCCGAGGAGGGCACGCCUGGUGUCACGUCAAGCGUAGUAUCCCCCUCGACAGCUUCCUCUGUGUCCUCAAAUCGCUUCAUCACCAUGGACGGCAGCGGGAUUUCCCCGGAGAAUGUAAUACACGUCAUUAACCCCUCCAGUCUCGGGAGCUUGUCCAGUGUUGUGAAUUCCUCUUCGUCUUCCUCGGCUGGAGUAUCAGGUCUUCACACCAUUACGAUAGCCCCAGGGUCGUUUCCAAUACCUGUGAACUUUGCCUCUAAUCUACAGGCAUCGACAAGCAACAUGAAUACAAAUGGUGGACAGCAGGUUUUGAUGGCCCCUCCAGAACUGGCAGCCAAGUUGAAGGAGGGAGCACUGCCCACUCAAGUCAUCCAGGUCCCUAAUGCCAAUUUGGCCUCCAUUGACUGGGCUGUUAAACUUAAAGAACUACAGCACAAUCAGAGACUGGAGAGAUUGAGAGAUGAACAAAACUUGAUGAGGGAAAAAGUCCAGAAGACGUCGUUUGAAAGCAAGUUUGAGCCUUGUGUGGUCUGUGGAGACAAAGCUUCAGGUCGACAUUAUGGAUGUACCAGCUGUGAAGGUUGUAAAGGCUUCUUUAAGCGGAGCAUCAGAAAACAGCUGGGCUAUGCCUGCCGUGGCAACAAGGAUUGUCCUGUCAACAAACCUCACAGAAAUCGAUGUCAGUACUGUCGCCUUCAAAAGUGUCUGGCGGUCGGCAUGAGAGCAGAAUCUGUGCAACAAGAAAGGAAACCACCGGAGAAAGACCAGCGACAGUUUCCCACCGUAGCGACAUCAACGCAGAAAAUCUACAUCCGCAAAGAUCUCAACAGCCCCUCCGCCUCGCUUCCCACCUUUACAGGAAAGUUGGAGGACAGUAAUGUGCAACGUACAGCUAGUAAUUUAUUGGCCAAUCUACAGGAACGAAUUGUCCACACUGACCAGGGUAGUGUCAUCAUGGGAGGAGGAGUUCCAACAUCCACAACUACAGGUACAAAUCACACCUGUAUCCCCAUAGAUCUGAGUACAUUAGCCAACGUUGUGACAACAUUAGCAACGAUGAGCAAAAAUGUGGAAGAGGAUCCGGUCCCCUCCAAUGGAGAUACGGGGCUGGAAGGGGACACGACUAACAAUGCUGCCAAGGCCUUCGACACACUAGCCAAGGCCGUGCAGCCCCAGGUAACUUUGUGGAUCGAUAUUAACGGUUGUCCGAUUACCCGGUCCCUGGACCAGUCUCUAUGUGACAGCAGUCUGGAUCAGUCAUCAUUAAGCAUGGACCUAGGACCGGACUACAGAGAAAACUCCAUCGUCGUGGAAGUGGACGGCCCAGUACUCACCCAACAAAAUUUCUCAUUCAAUCUGACCACACCCUCUCCUAUGCCAGCCUAUCUCAAUGUCCACUACAUUUGUGAAACAGCCUCCCGGCUUCUCUUCCUGUCGAUGCACUGGACUCGUUCAAUUCCCUCUUUCCAUGUUCUCAGUCAAGACGUACAGACUGUGCUGGUCAAGUCAUGCUGGAGUGAGCUGUUCACGCUUGGAUUGGCCCAAUGUGCCCAGUCCAUGUCUUUGUCCACCAUAUUAAUGGCCAUACUUAAUCACCUGCAGACUGCACUUCAGCAAGAUAAGAAUUCAGCAGAGCGAGUGAAGAUUGUUAUAGAUCACAUCCUUAAACUUCAGCACUACAUACAGUCAUUGGAGGCCUUACAGAUAGACCCCGAGGAGUAUGCAUACCUGAAGGCUUUGGUUUUAUUCUCACCAGAUACUCCAUCACUGCCCAAUGCUCAACAGAUCGAGCGAGUCCAGGAGCGUGCUCAGCGAGAGCUGGCUAAUCACGUACGACAGACUCAGCCUUCCAAUCCCGAUCGCCUCGGCAAGCUGUUGCUCCGACUCCCAGCUCUUCACUCUCUGAGUCCCAAUGUCAUGGAGGAACUAUUUUUCGCAGGUCUGAUCGGCAGUGUUCAAAUAGAUAGCAUAAUUCCUUACAUUCUGAGGAUGGAAACAGCCGAAUAUAACUCGCAGAUGGCGGGGCAAGGUCUACAAGGUGCCGUCGAGGGAACCGGGCUAGAGACCAACCCCUCCAGUUCCAUGUUAUUUGCAUCACCACAAAUUACAACAGCUCAGAUGACUUCUGAGGCUAUAUCGGCCUUACAGACGUCUAUUGCCACAACAUGACGACCGAUGCUUGUGGUGACACAUGGCAUUUAGGAGGACGGAAUGGAGUCUUGGGGGGGGGAAAUCAAAAGAAUUCUUGGGAGCAGGAUUACAUCUAGAAAUUGUUGUUAAGGAGUCUUUUUUUCUUGUUAAUUGUUGAUUGUUAAGAGUUUAAACAUUCACACGUGAUAUUUCGAGGAAAGGAAUCAGGAGGAAGCCUUAUUGAGAGUUACUUCCCUUUGAGUCAGACUGAACGAAAAGAAAUUGUUACUGUGUCCAGCAGUGCACAUAAACUGCAUGUCUCCAUCUGUUUUGUUCCAGUGUAAAGCAUUGGCAAAUACAUUCAUCAUGUUCCUAACUAUUUAAGACUCAGAUGAGGUAUAAUCUCCACGUUUCAUUUCUUGUUCAUUUCACAAACAGUAUCUCACAAAACACAAUUCCACAUUUCCACAUACAAGUAGAUUGUAUCAGUAUAAAUGCCACUGUUUUUUGUUGGUUUUUUUAAAACUAAUUUAUCCUGUAGUUUGGAGUAGUGCUAGGGAGACACAUAAAGCAAUUAAGCUCACCCACUCAUAAUCCAUGUGGUGUGAGUAGCUUACCUGUACCAGGUGUCUCUGGUCAGGUCAUCAUUGAUGGCUGUGAGCAUGUUGUCCAGAUAUAUAUGGAUUUUUCCUUUGUAACUUACAUGCAGAAUAUAUUGGCAUACGUUUAUUUUGAGUUCAUUGCAUUAAUCGUGCUUAUAUGAAUUUUUUAGUGCUUUGUUUUUUAACUUUUCAUUCAUGAUAUGUGAAGAGUUGCUGAAAAUGUUGUUUAAAUAGUAAAAUUUCAAAGUGUUUUAAUUUGUGAACAAUUUUAAUUUGUUUUGAAAUUAUUUUUAGAGAAUUGAGUCUGAUGUGAAUUGUGAGAAAUAUUAAUUUUGGGGAUACUUCUCAUGUAAGUUUGUAUUUUAUGUGAGUAUGGUGCAUGUAUCCGACCCAGUAUAUCCAAAAUUAUGUUUAAAGAAUCAAAUGUUAUGUAAUUCAAAAUUUGGUUUUAAAUGAAAAAUCAUGACCCCUUGAAGUGAUUUACCAAAAGAAUUUUCAAAAUUGAUAAGAUGUGUAAGAAAAUUAAUGUUUAUGAGAAUAAUAUAUUUCUGACAUAAUAGGUCAUCCAAAGAAUGCUUUGGUGAUUUCCCAGAUCUUUCAAAGUAGGCAAAAACAGUAGGGUCGCCAAUCACCAUUGCAGAAAUUGGAGAUAUUUCUUCUUUUUUUUUCUAAAUAUCUACAAGGGAAGAUAAUGCAGACAAAAAUUGUUCUCCAUAGAUUUAGGCAUCUCAACACAUAAAAUAUUAUGCAUUUCAGUUUUACAAAAGAUGUAGUGCUGUGGAUAUUUGUACUUUUUAUAAAUGUAAAUAAUUUUAUGAAUCAGGUAGCUGAAGUUGGAAAUAUGCCAAUUACAAAUAUCUACGAAACCCCUAACCCUCUCCUCAGCAGCUCAGCAACAAAAAUGGCAGUGGUGUUCCGAUUUUUUAAGUUGAAAUUUACCGUUCAUGGUGUUGUCCUGUACUCUUUUAAGGUUGAUACAUGUAUAUUGAUCAUUUGCAUUCAUCAUUUUACUGUGUACAAGGUAAAUACAUGUAUUCUGCCUCUCAAAUGUACAACUGUUUCCAACAAAGUAGAUUUGGCAUACUAGUAUAUUCAUUUUAAAUUUCAUGAUUUAUGAUAAUGUUAAUUUUUGAUGUGAAGGUGCUAUGAGGAAUUCAUGUUUCAUCAAUACCAAAAUCCAUUUCUCAUGAAUGACAUCACAAAUAAGCACUACAUUGUACAAAUCUCCCAUUAUGAAAUUAUGAUACAUAAAGUUUAAGGUACAUAUGUACCUUUCCGUUGUGAAUAUUAAGAUCUGAUAAUGUCCGUCUACAGCCAUUUUAAACUGCAGGAUUGUCACAGUUUGUUCAAGGAUAUUUCUGUUUUAAUUAACUGUUUCACAAAUUAAGUAGGUGGAUGACUUAUUAGAAUUGAAUACUAAGUUUGUUAUAAAUUGUUAUUGCAGCAUCAUACGAGUAUUUCACAAGUAUUACUUUGUUGCCAAUUUUUCCAUUAGUGUUUGUUUGUGGUAACCAUGGUAAUUGUUGUGUACUCUGUAUAUAUUCUCAUUUAAUGAGUUUAUUUUUUGUCAAGUAAGGUAAGAAACUUGGGAUUAAAUGCAAUAUUAUUGGUUUUUGAUAUAUAACUUUACAUUAUUUCAUUUCAAAGCUAUAAAAAAGGUAAUUUUUUUGGGGAGCACCAUCAUUGUCAAAAUCGAGUUUCAGUUUUAGGAACAGAAAUAUUUGAAUACUUUACAUGGGUUGAAAAAUUGUUGAAAUUGAUAUCUUGAUAUAUUUUUUAAUCCAGGGUUUUAGAGAGCCAGACCUGCAAUCUUAGACCCCAAGUUUCUUUCCGUAGGAGAAUGUCGUGCUUCAUGUUUUCUGUGAAACAGAACCCUCAUUUGUUCGGAGCUUGUAUUUUGUAUAAGCUAGGUCUGUAUAACAGAUCAAAAAAAGAAACAAAAUGCCUGAACUUAAACUUUGUUGUAUUGUCUAGUGGCUCAUGCUAAGUCUGUUAUUGCUUUGUAUUUAUAAAAGGAUAUGCCAUAACAGUAUGAAUUUAUCAUAUAUAGAGAGAUUGAAAAUCAUGAAUAUUAGAUUUCAUUUUAUUUUUUAUUAUAGAUGGAAGUAUAUUUGGGGGGGGGGGGUUAAAAAGCUAAUGUGAAAUUGUUUGAUUAGGUGCGUAGGCAUUUUCUCCACUGCUGUUUAUGUAGAUUGGGUUAACUUAGGUAACAUAACCUAUAUACAAAAUAAGAAUUUGACGCUACAGAAAAAAUAAGAAAAGGUUAAGUCUUUUAUAAGUUCUUUGUCAUUUUCUUUAAUGUGUCGGUGUAUUAGCAGUGUAUAAUGACUUCGUACAAUCAGUCUGGAAUUAUUAUUUUUUCACAUGAAACAGAGAGUUUUAGUUAUUUGUCUCAAUAGUCAUGUUUCAACAUUAUAAUGUUUUGAAGUAAACUGUUUGAAUUGUU